AUGGAGGAAUCUGGUUGGAAAAGUAGAGGAUCUGCUGUUUUUUUACUUAGUACCAUCAUUGUCGCAUCUUGUCCCAUUAUUCAGGCAGCCAAUGUAUUGGUUGUGCCUAUUGGAGGAAGUCACUGGAUUAAUAUGCGACAUCUGCUGGAAGAACUGAAACUUCGCGGACACAACCUCACUGUGCUUUAUUUUGCAGGAACUGGAUUUAUUAUAGAAAGUCCUGACCUAUAUCAGUCUAUUGUCAUUCAACUACAAGCAAAUUUUGAAAUAAUUGAUGUAGUGGGAAUCAUUCUUAGAAACACUUUGCAGAUUGGGCAGAAUGGCUGGACCUUCAUGGACUAUGUUAAGUCUCAAUUUGAAGUACAAAAAUUUGCAGUGAACUGUAUAGAAAUGCUUGAUGUUGGCAUUGCUGGUAUUUUUGAGAACAAAGCUUUGCUUAGCCAACUUCAAAAAGCAAAUUUUGACCUGGUGCUUACAGAUCCUGUCUUGUCUACUGGUCCCAUGCUUGCACAUUACUUAAAACUUCCCCUGGUGUAUGAUGUUCGAUGGCUAGAGACUGGUGAUGCUCAUUUUCUCUUUGCCCCAUCACCCCUUUCUUACGUCCCAAUCUCUAACUCUCACCUGACAGACAAAAUGUCCUUUCUUCAAAGAACACAAAACUUCAUCCAAAGUCUAAUUCAUUUAUCUAUUUUAGAACUUUCUGUUUACCCCAGGUUCAAUGAACUCUGUCAUCGAUAUCUGGGACCAGACACAGAUAUCAAAACAAUUCAGCUGAGUGCUGAUGUGUUGCUGAUGAGAGUAGAUUUUGUAUUUGAAUUCCCGAGACCCACUAUGCCAAAUAUUGUCUACAUUGGAGGCUUCCAGUGUAAACCAGCCCAACCACUAGCGGCAGAGUUUGAAGAGUUUGUUCAAAGCUCAGGAAAGCAUGGACUUAUUGUGCUGUCAUUAGGAUCCCUUGUCAGUUACUUGCCAAAGCAGAUUACAAUGGAAAUAGCCAAUGCUUUUGCUCAAGUACCCCAGAAGGUUAUUUGGAAAUAUGAUGGAGAAAUCCCUCUCAAAAUAGGUAAUAAUACACUACUGACAAAAUGGAUCCCUCAGAAUGACCUUCUGGGACACCCCAACACACGAGUCUUUAUUUCUCAUGGUGGUAUCAAUGGCAUUUACGAGGCCAUCUACCACGGGGUGCCAGUGAUUGGCAUGCCUCUAUUUUCAGACCAGUUUGACAAUGUAGUUAAACUUGAAUCCCGAGGUGUAGCAAAGAUGCUUAAUGUUGCAACCAUGCAUUCAACAGAUCUAUUGCAGGCACUUAAUGAGGUGAUAAAUGGCACAUUUUACCAGGACAACAUGAAGAAACUCUCUGCCCUCCACCGGGACCAACCAGUGUCCCCAAUGGAGCGAGCCGUUUUCUGGAUUGAGUACGUUGCCCGACACAAAGGAGCAGGCCAUUUGCGUUCUGAAUCCUACCGUCUGCCCUGGUAUGUUUACUAUUGCGUGGAUGUGAUGGUCUUUCUAUUGAUCAUGUUCUUCAUGGUCACUGUGCUGGUGAUUGUAGCAUUGAAGAAACUUUGUCGUAUUGCAUGUAGAAGAAAGCAAAAGACUGAAUAA